GAGAGAGAAACAAAGAUAAUCGAUCGAGAAGAUGAUGACGACGGAGAAUGGUCUCCGUUUCCGGCCAACUGACGCCGAACUGCUAAAGAUGUUACGGCAGUUCACUGACGGGGAGUACACCGGCGGCCUUGUGGAGCGACGUGACCUCUACGCGCAUGAAGAGCCCUGGGAGAUUUGCACCGGCCGUGGUACGGCGGCAGCCGAAGACAACACGUGGUACUUCUUCACGGAGUUGAAGCGGAAACCGGCCAGCAAGGGUCCGGGGAAGAGGUUUAUCCGGUCGGUGGGGAAGGGGACGUGGCACGGGACCAGUAAAGUUGAGACUAUUUUCAACCCCGAUCGGAAACAGUCUCUCUUAGGGUUCAAGAGGAACUUCACCUACUGGCGGGGAGAUGAUGAGGAGCGCAAGGGCGAAUUCGUCAUGAAUGAAUUCUCUCUCCCGGAAGGCACCGCCAAAUCUGACCGCAAAGAUUUCGUCAUAUGCCGGUUGAAGAGGAAGAAGAGAGGACCAGUCCACGACCACAACGCCGAUGUCGCGGAGGACGCGCUAAGAUUGAUGUUAUUGUCACACGAAGAACCAGAAAACAAUAACGAUGAUGAUGUAUCAUUUUCGUACGACGAGUUGUUCGGCGGAAUGGAGGUGGAAGACAUGACCGCCGCCCCCGGCCCCACGUUAUUACAAAAUGAUGCCGGAAGUAAUGAGACAUAUCCAUAUGCAUGCACCACCAAUAAUACGGCGGCGGUGGUGGCGGCUCCUCUUAGUGGGGUUUCUGGUGAUACAACAUGGACGCUAGAGAUGGUUGAAGAUUUCUUGCUAAACGACGACAACGAUGACGUUGGCGGCGGGGACGCAGCGGCUAGUGCGGCGGCAAUUCAAGAAGAUAAUAAAGCUUAUGAUGAAUGGGUUUCGAGUAUGUUGGAUGACUUUGAAGUACAACACGGCGGCAGCGGCCACUCCCAUAUAUGAUCGAAGAAUUAUGAUCGAUCAUAGUUUAAAAUUGAUAAUUAAUUCAUUUAAUUAAGGAUACGUACGUAA